UACGUAUUUACAAUUCAAAACAAUUUACUAAAAUGUUGACAAAGUUGGUGCAAAUAUCCCUCUUACUUGGGGUCUUGAUAGCCAUGGCCUCUGGUGAAAUUGAAAGAAGAAACAUUACCCAAUGGCAGGAUCACUUUGACUACAACAACACAGAAACGUGGGAGAAUACCUACUACAUUGAUGACUCGUUCUAUGAACCUGGAGGACCUAUUUUCCUCUUCAUGGGAGGAAUGGACUUCUACACGACUAUUGGUCGCCUCAAUUCUAGCCAUUUUAGAGACAUCGCUGAAGAAGUUGGAGCUGUUCUCGUAGGAACCGAACACAGGUACUACGGAGAAAGUAGACCUACACCAGAUUUAACAAAAGAGAACCUCGUCUACCUUACAUCAGCACAAGCUUUAGCAGACGCUGCUGAAUUAGUCCGUUACCUCAAGGCUUCCUCACCAGAUCUUCAUGAUGCUCAAGUUAUUGCAGCUGGAAUUGGUCAUGGUGGAGCAUUAGCGUCAUGGAUGAGAUUAAAAUAUCCUGAACUGAUAGAUGGAGCCUGGGCUUCAAGUGCUAAAGUGAAUGCUAUUGUCAAUUUCCAUGAAUUCCUACCAAAUGCAGCAGAAACAAUCAGGAUCUACGGUGGUCUAAUCUGUUACACCCGAAUGGCUAACGCUUUCGUUAUGCUUGAGGAACUUUUUGCCGAAGGAAACUACACAAAAUUAUUCGAAGUGUUCAGAAUGUGCCCUACAGAACAGGAAUUUGAUCCAGAAUUAGGAGGAGGACUGUUUUUCGGAACUAUUGCAACAGCUAUUGGGAUGUAUAUUAGCAUGUUACAUUCUAGUGGAAUCACAAGCUUCUGUGGUUAUUUGGAUAGAGGGGAAAAUGAACUGUAUGGCUUAGCCGAUUGGAUCUAUACAGCUAUCUAUCAAGAAGCUGGUUGUUUACAAGGAAAUGUCGAUGAAUACCUCUAUAUAUACAUGGAUCCCGAUUGGGACUCCAUUGGAUCUAUAAUUGGCGGACGACAGCAAGUCUGGCAAAGUUGCAACGAACAAGGCUGGUUUAGGUCAUCUGACGGAGAAGACCAUCCAUUUGGACAUCGUUUUCCGUACCAAAUUAUGUACGAACAGUGCGGCAUGCUACUCAAUGGAACUAUUACCGAAGAAGAUAUUCACAGAAAUAUCAACAAUACAAAUGCACAAUUUGGCGGAUUGUCUCCAAACGUGACUAGAGUCUACUACACAAACGGUGAAUUGGACGCUGAGAGAUCACUUUCUAUACUGGAAGACUUAAAUGAAGAAACACCAGCUGAUAUUAUUCCUUUCUUUGGCCAAGGAGCUGAUUUCAUGCCCAUGUCACAAACCGUUUAUUCAGGGCUGAGAGCUGUGCAGACCCGUGCUAGAUCUCUUAUCCUUCAAUGGUUAGGAAUUGAUGAAGCCACGCCGUACAAUUAGUUUUUUUACUGUGCAAUUAGGCUAAAUUUGACUCUAUCUUCUUGUAAAGAUUAAUCUUCUCGCAAUAAACUCUUUCUAAGAAA